UCUUAUGGGGUGGGGUGGAGGCAUCUGGUUCGGGGUGCCCGCCGCCAGCCCUCACCUGUGGUUGUCUUUUCAGCCCCCACCAUGCCGUGGCCCCUGCUGCUGCCCCUGCUGCUGCUGGCUGUCAGUGGGGCCCAAACAACCCGGCCAUGCUUUCCAGGAUGCCAGUGUGAGGUGGAGACCUUCGGCCUCUUUGACAGCUUCAGCCUGACGCGAGUGGAUUGCAGUGGCCUGGGCCCUCACAUAGUGCCCGUGCCCAUCCCUCUGGACACAGCCCAUCUGGACCUCUCCUCCAACCGGCUGGAGACGGUGAACGAGUCAGUGUUGGCCGGGCCGGGCUACACCACGCUGGCUGGCCUGGAUCUCAGCCACAACCUGCUCACCAGCAUCUCACCCACAGCCUUCUCCCGCCUUCGCUACCUGGAGUCGCUCGAUCUCAGCCACAAUGGCCUGGCAGCCCUGCCAGCUGACAGCUUCGCCAGCUCACCCCUGAGCGACGUGAACCUUAGCCACAACCGGCUCCGGGAGGUCUCUGUGUCUGCCUUCACUCCCCACAGCCAGGGCAGGGCACUGCACGUGGACCUCUCUCACAACCUCAUCCACCGCCUCGUGCGCCACCCCGGGCAGGCCAGCCUGCCCCCACCCACCAUUCAGAGCCUGAACCUGGCCUGGAACCGGCUCCACACCGUGCCCAACCUUCGGGACUUACCCCUGCGCUACCUGAGCCUAGACGGGAACCCGCUGACCGCAGUAGGCCCACGUGCCUUUGCGGGGCUGACUGGCCUCACGCACCUGUCACUGGGCAGCCUGCAGGGUCACCCCCAGCUGGAACCCUAUGGCUUCCAUGAGCUGCAAAGCCUGCAAGUCUUGGACUUGUCAGGCAACCCCAAGCUCAAGUGGGCAGGUGCUGAGGUCUUCUCGGGCCUGGGCUCCCUGCAGGAGCUGGACCUGUCGGGCACCGGCAUGGUGCCUCUGCCUGAGAUGCUGCUCCCUCACCUCCCAGCGCUGCAGCACAUCAGUGUGGGCCAGGGCGUGCGGUGCCGGCGCCUGGUACGGGAGGGCACCUACCCCCGGCAGCCUGGCUCCAGCCCCAAGGUGGCCCUGCACUGCAUAGACACCCAGGAAUCUGCUCCCAGAGGUCCCAACAUCUUGUGACGAAUGGCAUGGCCUGGGGCCACACGCUAGACUGCCUCCCUGGGCUUACUUGGGUCCUGGAUAAUUUAUAUUUAAUGUGCCAAUGCCAGUUUGGACUCUGUGGGCCUGUGUGGCGGCAUCAUCACCAGAGCUGUGGACCUGGGAAGAGGCUUUGGACCUGGGACCUACACCCUGGGGCAUAGUUCGCCACUUUGUCUAUGUUGCCUCCCAGCCAUAAGCAGAGGGUACUCGAUGCCAAAACAGAAAGAAGCCCCCUGCUCCCUUCCUUUCUUGUCCCCAAAGUGCCUUCCCUCAGGCUUGGGCACCUGCCAGGAGGAGGCCCUGCGGGAGGUUCUGCUGCAGGGCAGGGGUCAGGUCCAUAGCCGAGCGCCCCCGUGGGCCCAUGGUCCAGCCACUCAGGGGCAUGGUUUCUGUUAAUGACACAGCCUGCUCUUUGCUCUGGGCAUGUGAGGCCUGUUUCAUCCUCUUCUCUUCCCCUAGAGCCCUAGGUAGACGUUUAAUUAUAGGAAAAACUGGAGAGAAAAAGUCCACCUUCUCACGUGACACCUGAAGAAACAGACCUAGAGAAGGAACAGUGAUAACCUGAGGCACUGCAGCGCUGACGAGGCAGCGUCCUGCACCCAGCUGGGGCCCUUCCUCUCCCCUUUCUGGGCUCCCCACAUCCUACUGUUUGUACCCUAUAGCACAGGGAGCAGGACAAGCAGGGGCUGGUCUGGGUGGCUUAGAUGGGGUUAUCACCUGUCAGAGCCUCUGGAAACUUCAGGCUUUGGACUCAGCUUGACCUGUUUCCCAUUCUGGGAUGGGGUCCUUAGACUGGAAAUGCACCCAUGAUCCCUUGAGGUACUUACUGCCUUUGGGUGCUCUCCUAAAGAGCCGAUGAGGUCCUGGAACCCCACUGGCAUUAAGUCCUGGUUUCAGCCCCCACGGGCCCUGAGCCCCAGAGGGCCCACAGCACAUCUCACCCUGCUGAGAACACAGAGGAAGGAGGCAGGGCACCCCAAACCCAUGUUUGUGCUCUACGCUCGCAGCUGCAUCUCCACUUUCCAGCCCUGGGCUCUUUCCUUAGUCUUCAUUUUGUAAAAGUUGUUGCCUUUUUAAUAGAUUGUCACUUUCAACCAACACCCCACCCCUGCUGGCAAGGGAUGGAA